AUGUGCGAGAAGCUCAUAAAAUAUAUUUUAUUCUUCAUUGUGACGGUGCAAAUAACGGUAUGGAUUGUAUUAACGAGAAUUACGUUAAGAAAUGAUAAUUGGAAGAAAACAGCUGAUUUGGAAGAACUUUCGCAUGAAAAUGAAACGCAGCAAAUUAAAACCCAAAAAGCCCCCUCCUACGAGCAAUCCAUUAUUAUGGUGCGUCAUUUUCUGGCGGGCGCUGGCGGCUACAUCGCCUUGACUUACAAUGUCUUCGGACACAUAAUUGAGCAUCCGCACUCCGCGCUUGUGACCUUUCCCUAUUACGAGGUCUUCGAGGCUCUUGACGACUAUCAGCCCUGGCUGCGCGUCUUCUUGCUACGCACUACCGAUGAAACCAAGCCACAGACUUGGGAGCAGCACUUGCAUGGAUUCGAGUGGGCCGGCCAAUAUUUCAUUGGUUUGGAGCUACUGCAUUUUAUAGUUAAUCUACAAAGCGUAAAACUUUUGGCGCUGUUUCGGGACGAAGCCAACGCGGAGUAUUUGCGUUAUGCCAUUUAUGAUGAUUUUAGAAUAGGGAACGUAACGGAGGCAUAUCGCAUUAAAAAGUUGGGCAUAUUUGUGGGUAAUACCGAAAAUUGGUUGAGCGCUUUUUCCAAUAAAGCUUAUGUGGGCUUUAAUGUAAGUGACGGUGAGGAGAGGCAGCGUUAUGAAGAUCGUUGUCCGAUGUUGGCGUUGCAGGGUUGGUGGGGUGGUGCGAACAUAUUCUGCAAAUUACCGUUAUCUUUUCGUGGUUCCUUAGAGCUCUACAUUCGACCAUUUGACAGCGCAUUUAAGUUGAUGGAGGUAUAA